AUGAUAAUGAUCGUAGUUUCCAUUCUAUUUUUCCUUGUACUGCUCCAUAUAUCUCUUCGUUUUAUCAAUUCAGACUUUCUCUGGUGUAAAAGAAAUACCACCACUAAGUCAACCUCUGAUGAUAACAAGCAACUUCCUCCACCUGGGAACUCCGGAUGGCCGUUCAUCGGUGAAACCAUUGAGCUCUAUAGAGCAGGUCUAGCUGGUGUACCUGAGAAGUUUUUCUUUGAUAGGUUUCGGAUAUACUCAUCUCAAGUAUUUAGGACUUCAUUGAUUGGUGAAAAUGUUAUCGUCAUUGGUGGUACUGCUUCUGGCAAUAAAUUCUUAUUCUCAAACGAAGGUGAAGAUAAACUCAUAAAUGCUUGGUAUCCCCCAUCCAUUCGUAAACUCAUACCUAUAAGUAGUCAGUUUUCGAAAGAUCAAGAUUUUCUCAAGGCGAGCCGCAAGGCUUAUCCUAAAUUUCUCGGCCAAGAAGCGGUGAAAAGCUACAUUGGUAACAUGGAUUCGAUGACAAGAAGAAAUUUUGAGACUCACUGGGAUAAAUAUAUGAGUACAAAUGAAGAAAGGAUCACUAUUACCGUAUACCCUUUAGUCAAGAACUACAGCUUUCUAAUGGCAUGUCGUUUGUUGUUGAGCAUGGAUGUAGAGCAAGAAGCUCAGCGCAUCAAUGAAUUAGAAAAAUUAUUUGAUGUUUUCUUUAAUGGCAUCUUAUCGUUACCUAUAGAUUUUCCAGGAACAUCAUUCAACCUCGCCAGAAAAGCUACCAAAUUAAUAAAAAAGCAAAUCGUAACUAUGAUCAAGGAAAGGAAGUUCCAUCUUUUAUCUCAUGAAAACACGCCAACGCGGGAUGUGAUGUCACUGAUGAUUAUGUUUUUUGAGGAAGACAGUGGCAAGUUCAUGGAGGAAACAUUCAUAGCCGAUAUAAUUCUGGGUCUCAUUAUUGCGGGGCAUGACAGCACUACUUCUAUCUUGACAAUGGUGGUGAAGUAUUUCGUUGAGUUUCCAAAUGUUUACGAUCAAGUUCUCAUAGGCACGUGCAUCCAUUACAACAAAUAUAUAUCUAUGUAA